GUUUGAUUAGACUGAUGAACAUUGGCACCUACUGUACGGAGCCGCCCCAAAGAUAUAUUUGUGUGGUGUGUGUUCUGAUCUUUGCGAUAAACCCUAGUAACACACUUGCAGCAUUGAUUGAGCCCCUUCACUGUUCCUUUUUGUCAAUAUUUUGCACAAGAAAUCAAACCAAAAAAAGAUAGAAAAUCAACCAAAUCCGUUCGUUAAGAAUCUUUAUUCACUUGAAAAAAGAAGAGAUUACAACAAGGCUAAGUCGAGUUAUCUACCAUGGCUUCCCUAGGGAGAAGAACACGUUAGAGCCAUAACUUGCUCCUACUUUAAAUGUCUUAAAUUCCAACUUCAACUGCAAAAGACAAUCGUCUUCACACCAACCAAUGUACCAUAUUUAUAGUACUUGAUCCUGCUAAGAUGAUAUAUUAAUGUUGGCUGCCAUUAAAGCUUUUUAAAGAACACUGGUAUAUCGUUAUCGAUCAACAAAAAGAUAAGGAAAAAGGAGUGCUCGGGAUGCAUAGUCACUGUUAGUAAUGGUCGGCGGUGGCAUGUUAAAUGCUUUUGGCAAUUUUUUUUCUUUCUGAAUCGAAUAUUAAACCGAAACAAUACACCAAAUAUUUGGUUAUAAACUUUUGUUGCUUCACAAAUACUUAUAUUGUUGUGUUGUCAAGUUAUGAAUUUAGACGCAAAUAUUUGUAUUGUUGUAUUGUCCGAAUGUGAAUUUAGACAAGAAGAUUGUUAAAGGGAAAAAUAGGGAUGUGUUAUACCAUACUCACACAUGACUCAUGAGGCAAGAUUCUAUUGUGUUGUCUUGUGACAUCAUUUGAAACGUCAUUUCCCCUUUGAAAGUCCUCAUAUUAACAGUCAAAAAGUCAAUAGUAGGGCGGAUUCUAGGAAUUUACAGUCUACUACAGCUUCAAACUACUAGGGACAGCCCAAAGUUUCAAACUAGCAGUUAGAAUGAAACCAAAAUACUCUCUCUCUCUCUCUCUCUCUCUCUCUCUCUCCCCACUUAUUCACAUGGUAACCAAGCUCCUGUCUUCUUCUGGUUUUUGUAAUUCCAUUAACAGAUAUUGUUGAGGGGCAUGUGAAGGAUAUUCACUUUUCUAUUAGGCCCUAGAGUGUGGUGUGCAUGUGCCUCGUCACAUAUGCAUUCAAAUUUUACUACUCAGAGUUAGAGCCUUCUCUAGUUUUCUACCAAAGAAAUAAAUACAAAACAAAAAAAACCAAUUCAUUUCUUAAAACCCUGUACCCUCCAAAAUAAAAUAUUAUAGCAGUAAAUGUUUCUCAGUAUCUACCCACUUUUUGAGCAAAUCACUCUUAAUCUUUGUUGGGUCUAAGUUCAAAACUUUGGAAAGAGCUAAGAACAAUUUAUUUAGUCAUUUAAUUAUUUUUCUGAGUGUGCUUUUACUUCUGGAGGUCAUCGAUUAGGGUCCCUCAAUUUGUAUAGGGUGCAUGGAUUGGCCUAUCUGGCCUUUUUCUCUAAUGCAUAUGGUGGUUGAGUCUUGAGAGAGGCCUAUAUAUAUGCACACUUUUGGCUCUCUCAUAAACUAGAGCAUGCCCAUACCAUUGAAUGCUCUCUGUCUAGGGGUUUUGCAGCUUCUAGGGAGCAUCAAUGGCUGUGUUCAUGGUGAUACUUUGUGUUCUCUUUGUCCUCUGUAUCUGCUCUGCUUUGCUGAGAUGGAAUGAAGUGAGGUACAGGAAGAAAGGCCUCCCUCCGGGCACAAUGGGUUGGCCAGUUUUUGGGGAGACUACUGAGUUUCUCAAACAAGGCCCUAACUUCAUGAAAAACCAGAGAGCAAGGUAUGGUAGUUUUUUCAAAUCCCACAUACUGGGGUGCCCUACAGUUGUUUCCAUGGAUCCAGAGCUCAACAGAUACAUCCUAAUGAAUGAAGCUAAAGGGCUUGUUCCUGGCUAUCCUCAGUCCAUGUUGGAUAUAUUGGGAAAAUGUAACAUUGCAGCAGUUCAUGGCUCCACUCACAAGUACAUGAGAGGCUCAUUGCUUGCCCUCAUUAACCCAACCAUGAUCAGAGACCAGAUUUUGCCUAAAAUUGAUGACUUCAUGAGAUCCCACCUCAGUGGUUGGGCUAACCAAGUCAUCAACAUUCAAGAAAAGACCAAAGAGAUGGCACUUCUCUCAUCACUUAAGCAGAUUGCAGGCAUUGAGUCAAGCUCAAUUUCUGAAGCAUUCAAGACUGAGUUCUUCAAGCUUGUUUUAGGCACACUUUCAUUACCUAUUGACCUUCCUGGCACAAAUUACCGCCGUGGAUUCCAGGGAAGGAAGAACAUCAUAUGCAUGCUGGAACAGCUCAUAGAAGAGAGAAGGGCUUCCCAAGAAGUCCAUCAAGACAUGCUUGGUUGCUUACUGAGUGAUGAAAACAGAUACAAACUCAGUGAUGAAGAAAUAAUUGAUCACAUAAUCACGAUCUUAUAUUCGGGUUACGAGACCGUUUCGACUACUUCAAUGAUGGCUGUGAAGUACCUCCAUGAUCAUCCCAAAGCGCUUGAAGAACUCAGAAAAGAACAUUUGGCUAUCAGAGAAAAGAAAAGGCCAGAGGAUCCAAUUGACUGGAAUGACUUGAAAUCCAUGCGGUUUACUCGUGCGGUGAUAUUUGAGACCUCAAGAUUAGCUACCAUUGUCAAUGGGGUGCUGAGGAAAACCACUCAAGAUAUGGAGCUAAAUGGUUAUCUGAUUCCAAAGGGGUGGAGAAUUUAUGUUUACACCAGAGAGAUUAAUUAUGACUCCUUUCUGUAUCCUGAUCCAUUGACCUUCAAUCCAUGGAGAUGGCUGGACAAGAGCUUGGAAUCUCACAACUACUGCCUUAUAUUUGGAGGGGGCACAAGGCAGUGUCCAGGAAAGGAACUUGGAAUUGCAGAGAUUUCAACUUUCCUGCACUACUUUGUAACUAGAUACAGGUGGGAAGAAGUUGGGGGAGACAAACUGACGAAAUUUCCAAGAGUAGAGGCACCAAAUGGACUGCACCUUAGGGUGUCUCAUCUUGCUAACUGAAUUAUGUACAUGGAAAAGAAUAUAUAUAUAGAGAGAGAGAGAGAGAGAGAGAGAGAGAGAGAGAGAGAGCAUAUGAAAGAAAAUAUUUAUGAUGUAUGAUAACGUGCUAACACAUUAGAGAAUCAAUGAAAUUGAGCAAUUUCCUUUUGUCGGCUAA